CGUAAACUACAACAGCUGAAACUUCUAAAAUGUCUCUUGUCCGUUGACGCUUCGCUUGCGUUUUGAGGGUGGAUUUUAACAAAACCGCCACAUAUUUCUUAAUUUACUCUCAUUUUUUCAACAAAAUGUGCCUUUAGUUCAAGUUAUUAGGACAUUUCCGCUUCGGUUGCCAUUCUUGCAUUCGCGUGGUCCGUGUUUGUCCGGUCUGGUAUUUCAUUUCAUUAGUGUUUACGGAAGCGGGGGCAAUGGCUUUUAGAAUACAUGAAGAUCAAGAAAAUGCCUCUUUAGGCUUAAGAAAAGACAGUGCUGAUGUGUUUGGUAACCAACGUCGAGCCCUGGGCGACCUCAGCCAGUUUGCAUGCAACCAAAGUCGGAAUUUGAAACUCCCGGGGCUGACCAACGGGUCUUGCAAAGUUCAAGAUGAGAACAGAACAAUGCGUCAGAUUAAAAAUGAAAAGAACAUCGUACCACCCGUGGCGCAAUUUCGCGCCUUUAGCGUUUAUGAAGACAAACCCACGGAGGCCGAGGUCAAGAAAAGAGAGCACACAUUUAAGCCUUUUGUUGCUAAAGAUACCAAGAAGGAUAGCAUAUUUGUCAGUAACGAGAGUACAAAAACGCUGUGCCUUCAAGCUGAGAAGAAACCAGAUCGGCUGAUCGAACCGCCUUCAGUUCGGCCUCUACAAGAGAAGAAAAAUGUGGUGGAAUCUCCAAUGUCAGUUGUGGACACCAGUGUGCUCUCUAUGUCAAUCUCCAGGAAUGAGAGUCAGAUCAUUGAUGAUGAAGAUGACGACACAACCACUGCACAAACUGAUCGGGAGAUGUUCUUCCAUGUGGUGGAAUACCGUCAAGACAUUUAUGAGUACAUGAAGGAGAUUGAGGCCAAGAACCGAGCCAACCCCCGCUAUAUGCGCAAGCAGCCAGACAUUACACACAUGAUGCGUUCUAUCCUCAUUGACUGGCUGGUUGAAGUGUGUGAUGAGUACAACCAGCAGAGUGAGACCUUGCAUCUGGCUGUGUCUUACGUGGACAGGUUCCUGUCUUAUAUGAGCGUUGUGCGCACUAAACUUCAGCUUGUGGGCACAGCUGCUACUUACAUUGCUGCUAAAUAUGAAGAAGUGUAUCCACCAGAAGUGUCAGAGUUUGUGUACAUCACAGACGACACAUAUACGAAGCGUGAGGUAUUGCGCAUGGAACAUCUCAUCCUGAAAGUCCUGUCAUUCGAUCUGUCUACACCAACCUCCCUUGCCUUCUUGUCUCACUACUGUAUUUCAAAUGGGCUUUCCAAGAAGACAUUCCACCUUGCUGCUUAUCUUGCUGAACUUUGCUUGCUGGAGGCGGAUCCCUACCUGCAGUUCAAGCCAUCAAUCAUUGCGGCAAGUGCACUUGCGACCGCACGUCACUGUCUUCUGUGUGAGCGCUGUACAGGCGAGGACUGCGAGAGGCGUGACUCUCGCGACGGGAAAGAAACAAGGCCUCACGCUAGUUGUAGUGCCCUGGCCUGGCCCGCCGCGCUCGUCACCUGCUCCGGCUACUCCCUGGCGGACCUUGAUGGCUGCCUCCGGGAACUUGCACGCACACACUCUCACGCCUCGCUACAACCUUACCAAGCUGUACCCGACAAGUACAAGAGCAACAAAUUUGAUGGCGUGUCAACGGUCGAGCCGAGACCAAUGUUCUCAGUGCCCAAGUACCAGCCUCCAGCGCCAGCCAACGCCGCCAGGCCGGCUGACAAUACUCGAAGCAGCUAGUGAAUUCCCUCGAUAAAUAAUAGGUCAUCGUGUUACUUAGAAUUAGUCCAAUUGACUUGAUUUGUAUGAGCUGGAUGAGACCGAAUUAAGUGUUGAUGCAAACAUUGUGCAUGUAAUAUCAUUUGCUCAGUCAGUUGGUUAUUUCAGUUUCGCAAACAAUAUCGUACACCAUGCUUAUUCCUUGCUGAAAGUACAAAACAACCAAAUCAUGGCCAGUAGGAAUCAUUAUUAGCUUUGUAUGGCCAAAGAUGUACAUAUCGAAAUACAUGCAUAAGAAAUUGCACUUUUCCAUUCACUGAAAAUAAGUUCCAAAAUAGUGGAUAACAGUAUCAAUAGAAGUAAUGUUAGUUUGCAAUAUUAUUGCGCUUGUUGCCAAGCAAGGAAAGAAAACGCGUAACUAUUUAGAGCCUCAUAUGCCUUUUGAGGUUCUGAUAAUUUUUUAACAGCUGAAAUUUGCUUUGCAGUGGAGCAUAUAAGGUGAGUACAACAUUUCUCAGUAUGUCUAAUUUGAAACCAAGACUUUAUUACAUUUAUCCUAUCUCGAUAUGAAGAGACUAGAUCUGUUGGAUAAUUACGUAUAUUGAUUGGGAUAUUUUGUGAGUUGUUAUGCUAGUUUUAGUGUUAACAUUUUCCUAUGGAAAUAAAAAUAAAACUUCGACUUCUGUUAGCAUGUGAGAUCUUUUUGCUUAUUGUGUAUUGUGAUUUUAUGGUUGCAUGACGAGUGGUCCUCAGGCAUUACAUUUUGUGAAAACUUAAUACCCUCUAAAUACAAAAAUAAAUAUCAAAGAAUCCUUUAUAAAAAUACCAUUUUCCAAUACUCCAAACACUCGCCUAGACCAUAAUUUAUGUACAAAUGUUAAUCUUAAGUUUGUAUCUAUUUUAUGUCGUAACCCUUCUGUGUUCAUUGGAGGUCUUCCGUGCUUUCCACUUACCUAGUUACUGUAUGAACUUAUUGCCUAAACAUUGUUGCGAUUGUGUUUGAUUUAAAUAAAGGUAUAUACACCCGGGACCAAGACUAGGUAAUUUCAUAAAUAAUCAAGAUGUCAUUUGAUGGAAAUUCUACAGGGUUUUGUAAUUUAGUUCUUAGAAAUCUACAUUUACAAAGCUUUUGAAUUGAGCAUUGCGUUUUUCUAAUUGGGAAAUUAGUUCUGUUUAUGAUUCUUAAUAAUUUCAUAUUCCAAUUGAUAAAUAAUUAAGCAGCAUUUCAGUGCUAUGUUUGUUAGUAAAUUAUUAUUUUUGAGAUGUAAGGUAUGUUUUUAAUAUUGGUUAGUUUUUAAUGUAAUUUAAUAUAAUAAUAUAAUCGAUAUUUUUCUCCAGUUUUGUAAAUGGAGGUAAGUACGAGUACCUUUAUUGGUAAUA